GUGUCGCUGCAGCAGACUGGAGGCAGCAGAACUGGGAGGAGAAACGACCAGCAGGCGGCUACAAGCGACAGCGACAACUUUAGCCACUUUGUAGAAAAGGUUUCCGGUCUCGUGCAUCAACCGGUGAGGAUGAGCGACGCGAAUCAGCCAAAAGUUGAACUUUUUGUCAAGGCAGGGAGUGAUGGUCAGAGCAUCGGCAACUGUCCCUUCUCCCAGCGUCUCUUCAUGGUGCUGUGGCUGAAAGGAGUCACCUUCGAUGUUACCACAGUGGAUAUGAAGAGGAAGCCAGACAUCUUGAAGGACCUGGCUCCAGGAGCCCAGCCUCCCUUCCUGCUGUAUGGCAGCGAAGUGAAGACGGACACCAACAAGAUCGAGGAGUUCCUGGAGGAUAAUCUCUGCCCUCCAAAGUAUCCCCGUCUGGCUGCUCGUAACCCGGAGUCCAACACAGCCGGCAUGGAUGUUUUCUCCAAAUUCUCUGCUUAUGUGAAGAACUCAAACCCUGAGAAAAACGAAAAUCUAGAGAAAGGCCUACUGAAGGCUCUGAAGAAGCUGGAUGACUACCUCGGCUCCCCGCUUCCCGACGAGAUCGACGAGAAUAGCACUGAUGAGCUCACUUCCUCGUCCCGCCCCUUCCUGGACGACCAAGAGCUUACUCUGGCCGACUGCAACUUGCUGCCUAAGCUCCACAUUGUGAAGGUGGUGUGUUUAAAAUACCGCAACUUCAGCAUCCCUCAGUCUCUCACAAACCUCUGGAGGUACCUGAACGCAGCGUACGCCAGGCAGGAAUUUGCCUCCACCUGCCCUAUCGACGACGAGGUCCACAUCGCAUACUCCUGUGUAGCUAAAGCUCUCAAGUAGGAGCACAACAGGAUGCACAAGUCAUUAAUACACCUGCACAGAAAACCACACAUUUGCUCACCUGCACACACCAAGCAUUCACUCUGCAAGCAACUCGGUCGACCUGUUUCUCAAGAGGCUUUCGUUGCGUCUGUUGUUCAUGUAGUUAUCCUGCUCUUUGUUUGCCACAUGGAUCAGUUUACACCAGGAGGGAAACAAACAUGCGCACACACAAAAACAGUCAGCUGUAGUCAAAUGUAUUCCAAGUUUUCCUGGACAUUCACCUCUGUAGGAAAUGAAUGGUUGAUCACAUUGCUUGCAGGCUCACACACACACACACACACUUAAAACUACGGCCUUGCUUGUGUACAGUUUCACCAUCAGUAGAUAGACUCUGUAAAGUUGUUUCUUGUUCCCUUUUUGAUGUUUUCUGCGUUAUAUCUUUGUAUUUUUGGGGGGAUUUAACAGACACAAAGCUGCCUACCAGAUCAAACUUUCACUAGUACCUUGCAAGCCUCACACAGUCUGAUUCAACUGGGUUUUUUUUUUUCAGUCUUGGUGUGAAGGAAGUAGACACAUGCGUACCAUCGCCAGCUCAACUGCCAAAGUGAUGUGAUUUGUCUGUAAUCGCAAAGCUUCACAUUUCCUUUUUAUUGUUUCAUUACUGAGGGAACAAGGCCUUUUAACAGUUGUUGUUUUAUUCAUAUUUUAUUUUAUUAAAUAGAUUUCUUGUUCCUCAUAGUGCACCUCAGAAAGGAAGUGAGGUGCUUUUCCUCUGCGGCCUGCAAGACCAGUUCUCGCUUUAGGGAGGCAGAAACUUCUGAAAACGGUUACAGAGACAGGAAACCAUUUCAAUAGACUCGGGCUUCCCCUUUCUGCACUGCCCCAGCGGGCGCCAAGGAUUAUUCAAGAUUACCGAGCUUGUUUGUGAUCCGCUGUCGGGGCCUCUUGCCAACAGUUUAUUUAGUUCUGCCGGUCACAUAUGAAGGAUCCUUUUUAGUGUCGUAUAAAUGCGGGAGCUCAGAUUGUGAGUGUAUUAAAGUUAAAAGCUGAAAGCACUUGCAGUAGCUCUGGUAGCUCAUUGCCCAAGACCUCUUCUGUCUCGUGUUUCUGAAGAGGCAAAGAAACCCAGCAGGAAGUUCAGUGUAAACAUGCAAAGAUAUGCAUGUGUAAAAUACGAAAUCGCACUUAUUGUCCUGAUGAUCGUCCAAAUACUUCAAACUUUCAAAACGGCACUAAAACACAGUGGAAUCACGCUCCCUUCCAUUUUGUUAAGAAAUAUAUAUUUUUAUUGCCACGCAGAUGGGACACACCCCCUUUUUUAUGAAAACCGAUCUUAAAUAGAUCACAGUUCAUAACGUCCCCCUGCAUACAUAGAAACAUUGUAUGAGUCCGUUGUUUCUAACAUAACUCCUUUUAAAAUCAGCCUCUAUUUUAUCACUUUUUCAAGUUAAUUAUGCGAGGAUAUUCAAGCUCAUGUGGCUCAAUGAGGCCUUUCUGGCUCUGCGGAUGGUUUUGCUUUUUUUUUAAUGGGAAUUGUUGAUAAUUGGAAACAUUUGUAACAUCACUCAACUCAUCCUUAAAUCAGUAACCUUCUAUAUUGAGUGAUUGCAGGCUGUCACUUAACAGUGUCGCCAGUCGGGUUAAUCCACUCUUGUUGAGCUUGAUAGUCUGAAGCAAUUAUAUAUAGUAGUAUAGUAUUAUAUAUUAACUGCUGGGAAGAACUGGACCCAAUAAGAACACGCCUUGUCCGACGGUUUUAUUCAUCACAUCAGCGACUAUGCAAAUGAACAUUUAUGGAGGCUGUUUGCAGUUAAGACUUGUUGUGAGCUCAAAAUAGCGUCAUCUUUCACAUCUAUUUUACCUAAGUGCAAUUUAAGCCUGUUGGAAAGACAAUCUUUGUACGUCCAGUGGGAGCACAGCUAGUUAUUUUUCUACAUGAUUUUACUUCAAUCCCUCCUGAGAGGCGUAAUGCAAGUGUUGAUCAAAGAGAUGAUUAUGUAUAUUUUAUAUUGACUGAAUGGAUUUCAUCUAUUUUCUAAAUAUGGAGCAACAUUUAAAGGGACUGUCUGAAUAAGUUCAGUGCUGAUGUAUUUUAGUAUUUCUUCUCUCCCAGUGUGGAAGAGUUUUUCCGCUUCUUACUGUCGUACAGAAUUUCAGGGACAAUUUAACUUGAUAUAUUCAUUCAAAUGUCUUUAGAUUUUUUUUCACUUCACUUUUUAAAAAGAAAUGUUCCUGUAUUUGAAACUCAUAUUUCGUUUUUGACUUUGUUUCCUACCCCUAUGAAUUCCCCUACACAUAUUUUGACCUUUUCUCUUUGUAUUUUUGCAUGUAUUCUCUCACUCGCACUGAAAACAAACAGCGGUGUGUAAACUAACCCAGUGGAUUCAAACUAAUGGCACAGCUGAAAUGUAUUUUGUGCUUAAAAGCCUUUACAAAGAUACAUUUAUUAAUAUCCCAAUAAAGAAAUAUCUUGAUAAUAAAUCCGUUUAGAGUUG